AUAUCUUUCAAUUUUUAUAUUAUAAAUUUUUUUCUUGUGUGCGUGUUUUAUUUACGUUUAUGUAAUUAUGUUUUUAUAUAAUCAACUUCUCUUGGCGAUAUAUUUUUUAAUUAUUAUGUUUGCAAUAUUUUUGCGCUUGUACGUUCAAGAAAGUGUGUAAUGUUUAACAGAGAAGUGAGAUAAGAAGUAUCACAAAAAAAAGAAAAAAAAUUAAAGAAAAAGAUGAGAAAAUAUAUAUGUGAUCAUUGUGAUGAUAUACUAAAAUAAGCGUUUAUUAAUCCCUUUCACUUUUCACUCCAUUACGAUCCUUUUGAUAGACAUGACGAGCGUGUCUAGAAGAUAAAGAGUUUUUCGGGAUUUCUUGUGCGGAAGUAAAAGUUGGCCGUACGACCGCAAAAUAAUAUUAUAGAUAGCACGGAGGUGUUCAAAAGAAAUAAGCGGUACCUAAUCGAAAGUCAAACUAAAAAGAGGAAAUAGAGAAUAUUAGUCGUUCGUUUCUCUUCGACUAUUUAUCCUUCGACAACGAGAUACAAUACGUAUAAUUCUUGUCUAGAAGGAAAAAGAAUAAUCUAGAAGAAGAAGAAUAAAGAAUGAAUAAAUAACUAAAAAGGAAAUAAAUAAAUCAAAAAUAAAUUAAAAAGUCAACAAACAAAUUAAAAAAAAAAAGUAGCAAUAUAUAUUUUGCAGACUUUUAAAGAUUAAGUCUUAUUUACUCUAACGAAAACGUACGACUAGCAACUAACAAUAGGAUAAACACGUUACAAGAACUCUACGAAGAGAAAUAAUUACCUCUUCUUUGAGAGAUACGAUGCUUGGUACAACUCGGUGGUCGGGUAAAACGAGAAAGCUGCGGCCAAGCGGAUCUGUAUAAAACGUCGCUGACGGAGACUCUCUCCUCAGUUCAUCUAACAUCCGAAUUGAGUUCGACGAUACUACAAUGAAUAAUUUGGGUGUCCUAUUAUUAUUGAUGCUGUACGGUGCAUGUGAUGUAUUAGCUGGUAGGCGUUACAUUGCCAUCCCUGUUGACGGUAUAGACGUGUUAGAAUUGAAUCCGAUAUCACUAUCGGCUCCAAGAAUUGCUCGUCAAGCAGAUCCAGCUUACGUACCUAUAGCCGUGCCAAAUCUUCAUCACGAGGAGUUGGAGAAUUCACGAGCGGAGAGAUCCAUCGGUCAAAUUCUGGAUUAUGUGGAUUAUGGCGGACAUACCGGAUCUAACGGUGCAUUUGGCUGGUACGCCGAUUAUCCAGCUCAUCGUUGA